UUUCCUUCUCUGCAGCACGCUGCCACAGCUCACCGGGAAACGGAGCGGGGGAAGAAAAUAAUAGGCGAGAAAGAAAGAGAGAAAGAAAGAAAGAGGAAGACGAUUAGGAGGAGGAGGAGGAAGAGAGGGAAACACCGCAGCCCCUCUGUUUUUUUAUUUAUUAAAAAAAAAAAACCUGGAACCCCUCGUCCCCUUUUUUUCGUUUUUCCGCGGAGCCUCGCAGACUGACAUGGGGGCAAGAGAAAGCUCCUGAGGCGGAUCGACUUCCAGAGCCAGCCCUGCUCUGUGGAGCCUGAGAGGACGAGAGAGCACCGAGGCAACCGGGGAAGACACGCUGAGGGUCCGCGCUCGUCUUGAGGAAUCACGCCGAACGAGCUCCAGAGAAAAGACAACCACCACAACAGGAAACGAGCCCGGGAGGACCAGGGGACAGCAGGCGGUAGGCUGUGCUCAGGAGCCGCUGUUUUUUCAUCCGUGUUUAUUAUCCAGUGGUUUGUUGUGAUCUGAGGAGACGGAGGCCUCUCAGGCAGACCCGCAGUGAACAGACCCACGGUCAGCGAUCCAGGGGGCUACCGCCGGGAAUCCAGCCCGCAGACCUUCGCUUAUUCCUGGGGACGAUUUCUCCAUUUCAACCGCUGGAGUUGAAUUAUUUAAUUGGAGUGUUUUUAGAAUUAAAAAAAUACAUUUCCACAUAUAUCAACUCUUAAGGGGGUCACACAAAAGGCCCAGUGCAGCGAGAAGCUACCUGGCUGCAUUUAUUAUUAUUAAUAUUAUUAUUAUCAUAAUAAUAUCGAAAAAAGACUGUUUUAACUCCAGGCAGCACUAAAGGUGCACCGAAGGUUUUUUUCAGCCCAGAUUGAGAGAGAGAGGUCACAACAAGAAGAUUUUUUAAAUGUUAAUGUCGACCGACGUCGCCUCCAUCAUGCUGCCCGUGUCCCGGGCUCUCAUGGACCGGGAGCUGGACGCCAUGGCCGGGGUCGCUCCCGCAGCCGUGCGGGGCAUGAAGCGCGGAGACCCGGAGCCCGACGCGCAGACCGCGGCCGCCCUGGUGGACUCGGCCGGGGCGGAGUGCAAGCGUCCCCGCAUGGACGGCUCGGGAGGGAUCGGCGAGGUUGGUCAGAAUAACGACCCCUUGACCCUUGGUUACCACGGCUACCCGUCUCUUAGUCAGGGCUCCCAGGAUAGUGCUGGUGGUCAGGAGGGACUCGUGCCCCCGCCUUUUUCCGCGUUUCCUCCACCUCCUCCGCCGCCCCCCCAGAACGGCCUGGCCCUGGAUUACGGGGGCAGCCUGUAUGCAGCGGGGGCCGUCCAGGGUGCCGUGGAAGCCGGAGGAGCCGCUAACAUCGCUGCCAACGCCGCCAACAGCCUCAUUGCCCAACAGUCAGAUGGCUCCUCCCAGAUUGACGGACAGUCCGUGGUUGGCUCGGGAGGAGGCGGGGGGAGUAUCGGGGAUGACACCGACGCCAAGGGGACCCCCAAGCGCCUCCAUGUGUCCAACAUCCCCUUCCGCUUCCGAGACCCGGACCUGCGGCAGAUGUUUGGGCAAUACGGCAAAAUCCUCGACGUGGAGAUCAUUUUCAACGAGAGGGGAUCCAAGGGCUUCGGCUUUGUGACAUUCGAGACGAGCGCGGACGCAGAGAGGGCCCGGGAGAAGCUUCACGGCACGCUGGUGGAAGGACGUAAAAUCGAGGUCAAUAACGCCACAGCCCGAGUGAUGACGAACAAGAAGAUGACCACGCCGUUCUCGAACGGAGAGGGCCUAGCUGCUAUGCCAUACGCUGGAUGGAAGUUGAGUCCCAUGGUUGGAGCGAUGUACAGUCCUGAGCUCUAUACAGUACCAGGGUUCCCAUACCCAGCAGCGGCGGCGGCUGCUGCUUCCAACGCGGCGCAGUUUCGGGGGGCUCAUCUCCGGGGUCGAGCCCGGCCCGUCUACAGUGCAGUCAGGGCAGCUGUGCCACAACCUGCCAUCCCUACAUAUCCGGGUGUGAUGGCCUAUCAGGAUGGUUUUUACAGUGCGGCUGAUCUCUAUGGUGGCUAUGCAGCGUAUCGUUACGCCCAGCCAACUGCGGUAGCAACACCUGCGGCGGCGGCCGCAGCAGCUGCAGCAGCAGCUUACAGCGACAGCUAUGGACGAGUGUACACGGCAGACCCCUAUCAUGCUGCUCUCAACCCAGCUGCCUAUGGUGUUGGAGCCAUGGCCACACUGUACAGGGGAGGCUACAGUAGAUUUGCCCCUUACUAAGGACACUACAUUUCCCAGGAGCUCCUUUCUUCCAUUGAAUUACUCUAAAAGAGCUCCCUCUGUUGUCGUGGAGGAGGACUGCAUCCAGUUUUAAAGCGUGGAACCAACCACAGCAAAGAAAUUUCAGAUCCCAACCCAGAGCGGUCCCACGUUUUCUUAUAUAUGCUACUACAGAAAUAGAGGAAUGCUGUAUGAAAGACUGAUGGAUGGCCUUUACAUAAAAAAAAAAAAAAAAAAAGAUGAAAAAAAAGACUUGGCCACCUUCCCUAUUGCACGGCUGUAUUAUAGUCCCCUUCUUAUUCCCUCCGCACUCAGCAGCACAAGACUCGAGAUGGAGCCCAGGCGUUCUUCCAAAGGCUGUAUGUGGAUAACUGACAUUUAAACAGCUGUCGACCAUGUAAGGCGAACAGGCCGAGCACUGAGGCCUGCACACCCUCGGCAUUUAAGGAGAGGGAAGCACGAGAGCGAGGUGUCCACAAAAUGUUACGGCAGUAGGGAGGAGGGAGGAGCAGCGACCGAGCAUCCAAACACAGAUUUCUAAGCAAAAUGAUGAGUCACUAUAACAAUAAAACACCCACUGAUGAGUUCUCUUUAACGUGGGCGGAAAGUAACGAGAGAGAAUUUCCCUCCUUGUUGUGUUCUGGUAGGAGGGAGAGUUGAAAGAUGGCGGCAUGCAGAGAUGAUGCGAAUAUUUAUAAUGCUACAGAGAUCACGUCCGAAAGCAGAAGGAGGGAAGGUUAUCAAAACUCUUCCUUACCUCAAGUUUUCUUAGUAUGUGGAAAACGGUGAACCUUUAAACUUAAAAAAAAAUAUUAUGAUAUGCAAUUAGUUUAGAAAAGAAAAGUUACCAAAUUAUUAUUAUUAUUAUUGUAAUUAUUAUUCUUACGAAAGCAUUAUUUUUGUUUGACUCAGACACACAGCAGCCACUGCUGUUAUGGGACAUGUAGAUUAGAGUGAAAUCAGAAAAUGAACCUCUAUUAAAGUAAUAUACCACCUUUUGUCAAAAUGACACAACUAUAGUCUCACUUCAUCCCUCAAUCACAGGAUUUCACUACGCUCUGUUUGCAGCAACAACUCAACACUACAGGAAGUGUAACACUAAACUGAAGAAAAAAAAAACACAUUUGCUCGUUUAGUAUUUCUUUUAGAAUAAAUCCAUCCUCCAUCCAAAACCCUGGGGUUUAAGCAUUUGUGGAGAUUUAUUAUUUUGAUAUUUCCCUUCAUGCUCCAUCUUUUCUAGAGCAGAUUCCAACAUUGAAUGAGUCUUCCUGAAACCUACUUUAGUUGGUAGUUGUGUUCGCGACGCUGCCAGCGACAAGUACUGAGCAAGAGAGAGAUUCUGCCGGCAAGUGAAUAGAAAAUAUUUAAAUGCAAAACACCUUACUAUUGUGCAUAUUUCUAUACUGUUGUGUUUCCAAAAUGUGGCUGUUUUUUUGGCUUUUGUUUUUGUUCCAAAGAUUUGUAGGAAGCACAUUUUUCUGCCGUAUGUAUAAAUAUAUAAUCUUUAUUAUUGUUAUCAUAAUCCUUGAUAAACCUAUUGCUGUCUUUAUUUGCUUUCUUUCAUAUUUUCAUUUUUUAUAUCUUUAAUUGUUCUUCAGUAAGUUGCAAGGCCUCGAGCUGAGAGUGUACCUGAGUAGUGACAGACUUCAGGUAUGCUUGUAACAUUACCACACCUUUUUUCCUCCUCUUAGUUAAAUAUUCAGUCGAUCUGGGCUGGUGUUUGAAUUUGUUUUUGUUUUGUUUUUGGUUGAUUAUAGGAUUUUGCUAGCAUGACAUUUAAUUAUAUUUCAAAAUAUGCAGGAAAGGCUGGUAUUUUUUCUUUCCAUGUCCGUAUUUUGCAGGUGACUGAGACAUUUGGAAGAAAUAGGCCUGUAGCACUUUGGUAAAAACCAACUGCUUUCCUUUUUUCCCCAGUUUUUUAAAUAUUCAUUUUUGUAAUGCAAACUCCUUACAUUUCAGUGGUAAAAUCUGUCAGUUUGACCAUUGUGGUCGCUCCAGAUUUUAUUUUAAGAUUUCCAGUAAAAUGCUUGAAAGUGUUGUCUUCGGCCAUAUGCAGGUUAAAGAGCCAGUGUGUGUGAUUUAGUGAAAUCUAGUGGUGAGGUUGGUCAUUGCAACCCCUCCUGUCACCCCUGUGUUUCAAAACCUUGAGCAGAACCUAUGGUGGCCUUCAGGUAGAGUAUAUAGGUGAAAGGCCCUCUCUCGAGCCGGGAAUUGGUUUGUCCACUCUGGGCUUCUGUAGAAACAAGGCAGUGCAAUGUGGUGGGUUUAGUGAAAGAGGACACUAUCUGUGUACAUAUGAAUUGCUCAUUUUAAGGUGAAAUCAGGAAUGAAAGUUUGAGGUGAUUAUACACGAAUGAAAACAUAUUUAUGAUUAUUAUGUUAUAUUAAAUUUAAAUGUCAAUACAUCCAAAUCCCACACUGGUCCUUUUAAAUAUUCCAAAAUUGUAAAAAAAAUUGAAUGUUUUUUUUACACUUAUGGAAAAACCUGCAGGUCAAUAAGUUGCUUUUUCUAUCAAUUGUACUGCUGUUGGAUUUUUUUCAGUUAACAUUUCUUUUUAAAAAAUAUCUCCAUUGAUAUAGAAUGCGCUCUGGACUAAGAAAAAAACAAAAAAAGAACCUAGCCAAAGAUGCUACCCAACAGUCCCUAGCACGUUCUGGGUCCAAGCUUGAGAAGUGUUACACAGUCAGACUUUUGGAGCCCCUGUAGGCAUGGACAAACCAGCAUGAGUGAGUCUUGUCAAGUUUAAAAAAAAAACUAAAUAGUUUUGCAUGAAUCUUGUCUUUCAUAUUUGACACCUGAGCAGCCGAGCCCAGUUGUGUUCUUUACCCAUAAACUCUGUGGAGAGUGACAGGCAGCUAGCGGUUCGAAGCUAGUUCGACACAACAGUACAGUGAAGAAGUCCUGCUGACAAACAAAAUGGCUGCCGCACAAAGAUCAUUUUCCUGUUGUGGUUUCAUUGCCACUGUAUUAUAGUAAAACUAUGUGGCCAUUCUUCAUAGUUGUUAUGGUUUCAAUGACCAGUCCUCUUCCUCUGUCAUGUCUAUAUCCCCACCUUGACUGCCAUUAUGUUUUUUUGUUAUUGAAUGUCUAUAUAAAAUGUUUUAUAUAAAAAUGUAUUGUUGUGAA